CAGUGGCAGUCCAUUCUCACUGCACUGCUCUCAGGCUCCCUUCUCCCAGAUCGAGGCUGCUCUCUCUCUCUCUCUCCCUCGCUCACUCGCUCUGUUUCUGUCUGUGUCUCAUUUCCACAAGAGCCAGCCGGGGGUCCCUCAGGGUCGAAGGUUCUGCCCUGCCCUGCUCCAACCUCAACCUCUUAGCCUUCCAAAUCUGCAUCCAUUCUUCAUGGAUCGGCGUCUCUAACAACGCAGAGGGCAACCCCGGGACACAUCACAGCCAGAGGAAAGAUCACAGUCCAGCACUGGAGCAGUCGGUCUGGGUUUUGAGUUGGGGUUCUGAACAAUGAGUGUUACAGCAGUGGUUUGUCCUGGAUCCUGGUAGAUUGCUCAUGUGCAAAAAGUCAGAAGGAUGGCUCAUGGAAUUCCAUCCCAGGGCAAGGUUACCAUCACUGUGGAUGAAUACAGCUCGAACCCUACCCAGGCAUUCACACACUACAACAUUAACCAGAGCAGGUUCCAGCCCCCCCAUGUACACAUGGUGGAUCCAAUCCCAUAUGACACCCCCAAACCUGCUGGCCACACACGGUUCGUCUGCGUGUCUGACACACACUCCCGAACAGAUGGUAUUCAGAUGCCUUACGGGGAUGUCCUCCUACACACAGGCGAUUUCACUGAGCUGGGACUGCCCUCGGAGGUUAAGAAGUUUAACGACUGGUUAGGGAGCCUACCAUACGAAUUUAAAAUAGUAAUCGCAGGAAACCAUGAACUGACGUUUGAUAAGGACUUCAUGGCUGACCUGGUGAAGCAGGAUUACUACCGCUUUCCUUCUGUAUCCAAGUUGAAACCGGAGGACUUUGACAAUGUACAGUCACUCCUUACAAACUGUUUAUAUCUACAAGACUCAGAAGUGACAGUCAAAGGAUUUCGAAUUUAUGGGACCCCUUGGACACCCUGGUUUAACGGAUGGGGUUUUAACCUGCCUCGAGGCCAGUCUUUAUUGGACAAGUGGAACCUUGUUCCAGAAGGCAUUGAUAUUCUCAUGACCCAUGGGCCUCCACUUGGUUUCAGAGACUGGGUACCGAAAGAGCUGCAGCGAGUGGGCUGUGUGGAACUCCUGAACACAGUACAGAGGCGAGUCCGGCCCAAACUCCAUGUUUUCGGUGGAAUUCACGAAGGUUACGGCAUUAUGACAGAUGGUUACACGACGUACAUUAACGCAUCUACCUGUACAGUCAGUUUUCAGCCGACCAACCCUCCAAUCAUAUUUGAUCUCCCCAACCCACAAGCAUCAUGAAACACUACCCCUGCUUUGGGGGGAGGGGGGGGAGGUCUAUUUACAUACCAUUUUUUUCUAACAAUAAGCCAGAAGAAUCCUAAUAAAUGUUUCUUUCCACGAUAUUGGUCUUUUGUAAACUGAUGGUACAAAAGUAAAAGAUUUAAAAAGAAGAAAAGCUCAUGCUGUUGAAAAUGGAUAGGAUCUUUAAGAAUAUGAAGCUUUGUGAAUUUGUAUAACUACCAUAUAUAUUUUGUUUGCAUUUGCUGGAUACAUUGUUAACUGUAAUUUGGUAUGUUCUCUCUACGGGACAAUUAAGCUUUCUUUGGGUAGAUACGUCUACUGCCUUAAACUAACUUUGUUGUGAUACACAAAGAAAACAUUUAUGGUCAAGUAUGAAUGCCCAUUAUUUAUUUUCCGUAAGGAAUUAUAAGGCAAAUGUGCAUUCGGGUUGCACGCAGUGCAGAGUUUCGAUCCAGAAAGUUGCAGCUUAACUCUCGUUCCUCGUUCCAGAUUUAAUCUUAUGUGCACCAACUUCACCAAAAUACUUUGUUCUUUUUCUUUUGUUUUCUGUAAUGUCUACACUAGUGCUGUUUGCAUGUGCAUAAGCACUAGUCCUACACGUUGUUUUUUUAUAUAAAGUAUAUACAACUAAGAUGUAAAUCUUUUUGUUGAAUCUCCUCUGAUGGAGAGGAUAUGCUUAAUGAAAAUAAUCCAAGUUUUUAUGUAAUGAAUGGAACAACAUGUUUAGCUGUAACCCUUUUUCUAACACAUCUGCCUAAACAAGGUUUAUUUGUCCUUAAAAUCUUAAAUAUUAUUGUAUUUGUGUUUUUACUUUUUUCUUAAUUUUGCACUGUGUGUAAAUGCAAUCUUGCUAGCACAAAAAUUGUUGCCAAUAGUUGUUUCAACUUUGCCACUGUAAAUGCUACUGGGCUUUUUUUCUGACUUAGGUUCUUUGUUUAUGGAAAUUUAGAAAUGCAUUUUUUCUUUAAAAUUAUUGUGAUAUAUAUUUAGCUGCCUUUAUAUGCAAAUAAAAUUGCAGAAUUUUUACUUAUUAAA